GAACGUUUUACCAUGUGCUCUUUGCUUCUAGUCACUCUGAAAAGAUUUCGCUUGCAAUUUGCCCUAAGCAGACCUUGAUCGACCACCAUGUACCUUGAAUAAGCACGAAAUAAGAGGGUGGCUCGCUCGGAAUACGUUUAAUGAACACAGGUUUUGAUACCUGUGUUUCAUUAGCCAUUUGUUCUGAAAUCCUAGAUCCUUUGGUCGCCAAAAUUGAAGACACACAAGUUUACAACACAGACUUCGUUUUUUUGGGCAGUUUAGCUGACGUAUGUGCCGUUGCCUUUCAGUAACCAAUAAGAAUCUGAGAAUUGUGGGGUACUUUGAAUCGUUACGUUAUCUCACAUACCUUUCUGAAAAAAGACUAAAACCUUCAACACUCUGUGUCACUUAUUAAGAAAAAAUCAGCACAGAUAGCCUAGCAUUAAGCAAAUAAAAUGAUCGCUGUAUCGACGCCAUGUUUGUUUAUUUGUAACUUGACCUUUCGCGCGCGCUGAACCGCAUUAGCAAGAGCGUGCGCGGAAAUUGUGUUCGGCCACCUUAACUAUAGAUACUACUGGUAUAACAAGUUAUAUACAUGGCUUCAUCUAAACUUGGUACCUCGUCCCACUCAGAGAACGAAAACAUGCCUGGAUCACUCACAUCUUGUCUCAUUACAUUACAGGACUUGACUUACAAAAUUCAAAGCUUUUCAUCGGACUUAAGCAGAGAAGAUAUCGCUAACACGAUAGAGAAAGCACUGCAGAUGUGGUCCAACGUUAGCCAGUUGACCUUCACUCGAGUCACAACACCGGGCGUCAAAGCUGACUUAAACAUCAAGUUCGUUUCUGGUUUCCAUGGUGACAACCACCCAACAGACGGGCCUGGAAAGCAGUUAGCGCAUUCUUUCUACCCGUCAAACAACAGGGGACUCGCUGGUGAUAUGCAUUUUGAUGACGAUGAAACCUUUUCCAUUAAUGGCGGGCGUGGUGUGGAUUUUCUUUGGCUGGCCGUGCAUGAACUGGGGCACAGUCUCGGUCUUGAACAUUCAUAUAAUCAUCCUAACUCAGUCAUGUUCCCGUAUUAUAAGGGAUACAGGCCGAAAUUACGGCUGAGCAGUGACGAUAGAAAUGGCAUACAACAUCUUUACGGUUCUAAGACCGAUCCUACUGCGACAAUCCCGACGUCGCCAGCCGUCUUAUCUGAGUCCGCACCACACAUCUGUUCUUUGCAGAAGAUAGAUGCCGCAGUAACGACCAAGAAUGACAACACGUAUGUCUUCAGUGGUGCCUACUUUUGGCAGCUUCAAAGGUCAGGGCUUGUCUCAAACGUUUUGAAGAUUAGAGAGAAAUGGGUGGGGCUGGAAGAUAACAUCGAUGCAGCGCUAACACGUCGCGAAAACGGAAAGACCUACUUCUUCAAAGGAUCAAAAUACUGGAUUUUCAAUAAUACAGCUGCAUUGGAAGGUUCACUUGACAUCACAAACCUCAGUCUACCAAUUGAACUUCAAAGCAUGGACGCAGCCUUGGAACUUCCAAGAGAGGACCACGCCUACUUCUUCAAGGGUGAUAAAUUCUGGCGAUACAACUGGUCCACUGCAUCAGUUGAUCAGGGAUAUCCACAGACAAUAAGUUCAUUCUGGAAGGGGCUCCCAAAUGACGUCGACGCUACCUUUCAGUGGAAGAGAGGAAGAGUGGUGAUUCUAAAAGGCGGUGAAUACUACUCUUUAAAACACAAGGGUAAAAUGGGAGUAAAGAAAGGUUUCCCAAAAAUGUUUGCUAGCAAUUGGCUAGGCUGCCCUGUAAAGAAUCUCGGAGAACACUGAAGGCGCGGGUCGUAAAUAGUGAGCUAGCUUGCGUUUAUGCGAGAACUGUACAACGGCCGGCCGUGUUCCAGCUGUCAAGAGACGAACCUAACUUUACAAAUUGUGAAGGCUUUUUUCAAGCUUUGGUACAGUGUGCGAUAUAUUUAUAACAGCUGUGUAUGAUACUGUGAGAUAAAUAAGAAUUAAAAAAAUACCGUUUUGCGCUGUGAGGAAAAUGUCCAUCUCAUCAACCACUCCCUAAAUUCCUGACAGUGCCUCUCACUGUACUUAGGAACUAGUCACUAAGCAUUGGGCUAGGAGGGUGGACCGGGGGAGAGAGGGGGUGGGUCAUCAGUUUUUGAGCCCUUGGUAGGGGGUGGGUCGUUCAAUUUUCUGCUUCCCAUGGGGCUGCGUCAUCCUUUUUCAUAACAGAAAUUGCCAUAAUUGUAUUUAAUAGUCUUAUACUACUGGAACAGUCGACCACACAUUUUGUACACAUCGAGGCAAAAUUGUUACAGUUCAACCCCUGUUAAACCGCUCUCCCCGGGGAAAUGGAUAGUGGCCGCUGUAAUAUUUAAAUAAAAUCGAAGAUCAGUUACAUGCCUGAUACCGAACUGAAAAAAUAGUGUUUUGUAGAAUAUUGUUUCUUACCUAUACAAAUUUCUUUGUUAUUCCAUAUUAUAUUGUGCCACAGUUUCUCUGUAGAAAACGGGUCUCUAAAAUCUGCCCGCCAUUGAAGUAGCUCGGUAUAAAAUUGAGAAGAGAUUGUGAAAUCCUUUAGUUAUAAUUGCAAUGAAAUAAGAAAGGACCGCCAAAACGUUUUAGAACUUGAUGUAUGUAAUUUUUCCAUAUGCCGUCAUUUUCGCCGAGGAUUCUUUUUAGCCAGGCCAGUCGUAAGGAUUUAACCAUUGUUUCUAAAUCAAUCAUUUUCAGUCCACUCUUUUCAUAAUCAUUUAUUGCUGACAAAAGUGUGACUUUUCUACUCGUUUCCAUAGAAAUUUAAAAAUCAAUCGGUUCAGUUCUUGGAUAACUCCCUUGGGGGUAGUUAAUAAUGACGAUACAUGAACAAAUUUCUGGACGAUCAGAGAUUUUAUUAUUGUUACCUUCCCAUAGAGAGUGAGAGACCUCUUGCAGACCAAACAUUUACAUUGUCUAGUUUUUCUAUGAAAUUUUUUUCGUGUGAGUAAUUUUCGAUCGUAAGAGUCAUAAACCCCUAGGGCUUUAAUUGGUUCAUUUGCUCAUUGAUACCAAAGGGUUUUGUUUUAUUUUCUCUUAAAGAUCCAAUCCACAUUCCUUCAGUUUUAGUGAGAUUAAA